AUGGGACUCAUUACUUGUGCUUGCUUACCAGUACGGAGAGACAGAGACCCACCCUCUCCAGGCCCGAGAAUUCCAUUAGGUCCAGUUAUCCCCACGAAGGACGAAAGAUCUCCCUCCUCUUCUCCCGAGUCAGCUGUCCCUCUUCCUGUGGUCCCGAGCCGAUCACCUUCGCCGCUGACCCAGACCUUUGCGUAUGCCGUUCGUGACAGUUCACGGCUCUCAUCUUGCGACACCGUCCGGUUCAGUUCUCGUCGGGGAAGUGCUGGUUUAGCAUCGCUCCAGGACUCUCUCUUGCUGAGUCGCGAGAUUUGGGAGGAAGCCUACAACGAAGUCAAGAAGGAUGAGGCAUUGAGGCCUCUUGUUCUCAACUAUGAGCAGCUCUUCAAUACUGUUGCCGAGGGCCGGAUGUUCGCCUUGCGUCGUUCCUCUCGGCAAUCGACCAUUUUGAAGGAAAAUUUCCAGCUUGAGUGCGUCGAGGAAGUGAAUAAUAACGAAGAAUGCUUCCGAAGGGUUGCCCACGAAUACAUGGAAAUUACGAGACGUGACUCACACUCGACAGAGCAGGCCGUUGUUGGGGCGGCGGUCCAGUUUAUUCAGAGGAUGAAGGACGUUAUUAGCGCCGCUCUUGCAUCCUCACCUCCAGCUUCUUUGGCAUGGACCGGCAUUUGUACCAUCCUCUUGCCGGUUAUCGUCAAUCAUGCCGAGCAGAUCGCCGCCCGCGAAGCAGGCUUCGGCUAUGUCAUGUCUCGAUUUACCUGGUACGGCCAUGUGUUGGAGCUCCUAAACUGCGAAUAUUGGCACAGCACGAGUCCCAGUUUUAUCGCUCUUCGUCGUGUUAUCCGGUCCGAGAUCGUUUCCCUGUAUAAGCUCCUUAUCGAGUACCACUUGCGUGCAUAUUACACGUAUUGUCGACCCCUAACGACAAUAUCUCGCGACAUCUUGAAACUCGAUGACUGGAAUAAUAUGAUCGCCAAUAUCAAAGAGAGCGAGAAACGGUUGGAGGAUUACAUGAGUCUCAACUUUGAGCAACACCUCCUGGAUAAGCUUCACUUGCUUUCCGAGGACGCUCUUCACAAGCAAAGGAUGGAGACGCUUCUGAAGUUCAAGUUCCCGGAUGAUCUUCCGUACUCGGUCUACCAGGCGUACUUGGACAGCAUCGUAGCCCCUCAGAAUGGCACUGGGGCUGGAGUUCUCACACAUCCCAAGUUUAUUAAGUGGGCAAUGGCUGAGUCCGGAGUUUUUGUUCUGGAGGGGAUCCCCGGUUCUGGAAAGUCCGUCCUCGCUAAGUCUCUGCUAACCGAUCUCCCUAACUGGAGGCCCACGACAGUGUGUGCAUACUUUUUCAAGGACAACGGGAGAGGUCAGAACGCGGCCAACACAGCACUUUGUCGAAUCUUGUCCGAGCUUUUUCGUGAGCAUCCAGAGCUCAUCGACCGUAUCAACACCAAGGUUGAAAACAUGCUGCCGGAGGAAAAGCUUAGUCAGUACUUUUCUCACCCGAUCCCUCGAGUCAAGUUCUUCAUCACGACACGCCCUCUGGUCUCGCCUCAGCCAUCAUUCAAUUUUCCAGGAGUGACGUUCCUAAACCUUGAAGAAGACGAACACUGCUUGAAACAUAUCAGCAAGGAUAUCGGCCAGGUGGUAUUGGCGCGCUUCAACCGGUUUGCCGACAAAUGCAUCCAAGACCUGGCGCUUCGUGAGGAGCUCCUCGCACUCAUUGAACCAAAAGAAGACCGCACAUAUCUAUACGUCAAACUUCUCUUUGAUUGUUUGGAGCUGCGAAUGCGAGAGGGUAUUCCGCGGGUGCCUUGGGGCUGGAUUAACGUCUUCAAGACCCUCCCAGGAACCGUCAAGGAGGCAUAUCUCGGCUUUCUCAACCGUGUUCGCGAGUGUCACCGCGACGAUGUCCGAAGAUUGUUCAAAAUUGUUCUUGCUGCCGCUCGACCUCUCACUUUGAGGGAGGUCAACAUUGCGCUGAACAUAUUGGACUGUCACAAUGGCAGCGACCACGGCUUGGGACUGCAGAACGUGAAUGGCUUCCGUAGCUGGAUCCUGGAUGCCUGCAAGUACUUCCUGGAUGUGUAUCAUGGCAGGACUCUGGCCGAGAGCUGCAUCAAGUACUUGUCCCUUCCCUUGCGCACAUCCUCAAAGUUCAGGGAUGCUGAGGCACCCGACACGAAUGAGGACUAUCACCUCUGGGAUACCGAUGAGCUUGACUUCGCUGGCUAUGCACAUGUAAACUGGCACAGCCAUGUGCAACAUACGUUAACAUCUGAUGACUCGGAAAGCUCGAUAAGACUCCGUGACAUCCUUCGCCCCUGGAGUUUCUGGUACCAAAACAUGAUCACAGUGGUUCGGCUAAGCUCCCCCUGGAGCGCCAUUCGCCUUGAAACUCUCGAGAAGAUGCUUGCUCCAGAGGAUGGCAGGCACUCCUGGUUCAUUGUAGACGAAGACUAUGGAGUUGCUGGUGAGUCCCCAAAGGGACAGAUCCUAGCCAUUGCAUCCGACAAAGAAGAUCGUCUUGUCAUCGCAGAUGCUAGAGGUGAACCACUCCCAUGGCUUCCGCCUGUCUCACCAGAACAGAAAGGUACCUCAGAGAAAUUAUCCUCCAUGCUUCGUUCUCUCUCAACUUUUCACGUCUUACGGUCCAUUACUGCCUAUAAACGCUACUCUCCCAUCCCAUCGGACUGGUUCUCUGUUCGCAUGUUCAACAAGGCCAACCCUACCUACCAUACAGCCACAUCUGACCCGAUUCCCAUACUCUACCUCACUCACGGCGAUGUACUUAGCUACGUCUUGUCCAACCGGACCCCUUCCUUCCCAGCACAUGUCCACAUGCUCAGCCUCAACGCCUCAUGGACGGUCGGCACCCUUCUCUGGAACGUACGCCUUCCUGCCGGUCAGGACAGAGCCGGCGAUCUCACAAUGGUGGUUCCACACCCUGUCAAUAAGGAUGAGGAUGACCCAGAGAUGGAGGCUGAAGACAGGAUUAUUAGUGGCUAA